UUGUGGAGCGAAGUGGACUGGUUAGAAUGGCUGAAGUGAGUGAGUUAGUUUGGCUAUGUACAGACCGUUUCUUUCCGACUAGCAGCAAUCGAUAGACGCUAGUAAGACCGAAAGUAUGUGAAAUAUCCACCCGACUUUCUCGUAGAACUUGUCUGUCUCACUUUUAAAUCCGGUCACAGAUGCUGUGAAUGUUUUGCAAAUUGGAAAAAUACCAACUUAUUGUUGGUAGUUUAAGUUAGUGGCGCUCUCUUCUUUGACCUUACUGUGGUCAACGGUGAAAGUUUCUGACAUCAAAGUUAUGGUAUUAUGCACGUGAGUUGUGUUCAAGAGCAACGGUCAGUGAUUUCUACUCUGUGUCCAACUGAAGUUUGUUUUUGACAUGUUUAAUUAUUACAACACGAAAUGAUGUUCCAACUUUUGAUUUACUUUACGAGUCUUUUAUUAACAGAUAGCAGUGUUUUAAUACCAACACACAAACAAGCUGAGGUGUUUGGAUUAGAACCAAGAUUUAAUGUGGUAACUCGUAAUGUGACGAUAAUUAGCGGCCAGACAGCAGUCCUUCCAUGUUCCGUUGAUUUCCUUGGAGAAUACAAGGUUGUCUGGUUAAACCACAGAUCAAAAGUACUUACGCUUGAAGAUCGGAGAAUUAUUACAGAUGAAAGAAUCAGUAUUGAACGUCCGUAUGUCAAGGAAUGGAAUUUAUAUAUACGACAGGUUAAACCAUCGGACCAAGGCAUUUAUACAUGUCAGAUAAAUACAGACCCCGUCCAAGUUCGACCUGUCUGGCUACAAGUACAAGAACCACCACAAAUAAUCGACUAUUUAUCUAGUGCUGAUGUUAUAGUACAGGAAGGGGAAACUGUUAGUUUAGUUUGUAAUGUAACAGGUGUACCACCACCAACAGUAACAUGGCAUCGUAUACCAACUGGUCUGAGAGAGGAAGGCGAUAUAGAAAAAGAAAGAAUUGGAAUAGAAGGAGAAGUUCUUGUGAUACACAAUGUCACCAGAUACUGUGAUGAUCUAUAUGAGUGUUCUGCAUCUAAUGGGGUUCCACCUUCUGUUAACAAACAUAUUAGAGUGCUUGUUGAAUUUCCUCCAGAAAUCCGAUUACCUAACAGAAAGAUCGGCCAGGCAAAGGGAAAAGAGACCAUCUUGGAAUGUGUUAUAUCAGGUUAUCCGCAGGGUGUAAAUAUAUGGCGUAGAAAUGGAGAAGAGAUACAAAAUAGUAUGAAAUAUCGUAUAGAGAUUUAUGAUGAAGGAGAGAAUACUGUGACAUUAAGUUUACGUAUUAGAUCCAUUGAUAAAGAUGAUUAUGGGGAAUAUGAGUGCGUGGCUAAUAAUGUGUUAGGAAGUGACUAUGAGUUUAUGACACUCCAUGAGUAUCCUUUAUUUGUAUCAACAACGACAUCGACAACUACACCUACAUAUACCAAGUUGGUGGCACCUAGUAAAAUGUAUCCUGAACCCCGACCUGUAUAUGUUCCUCGUACAGAAGUGAAUCCUUUACCACCAUAUGAAGUAGAUGCAGGUCGUAAUGGUGGUAGACCACGUUAUAACCACAGACCAGGUAAUGGUUCAAGUGGUCAAGUUUUUGACGACAAAAACAAUUCUGCUCAAAUACACAUAAACAUCUUUAUGAUUGGACUAUUUCUCACUGUAUCAUUUUUGUGUACAAGAAGCUGAUUGGAUUAUACUUUCAAAUUGAAAAUCAUGUCAAGAAAAAUAAUUUAAAGAAGUGUGUUUCAAUUAUUGAAAUAAUUUGAAGUUAUCUGUCGUAGCAAAUUAUUUGGAUACAAAAACAUCUGGUUUCGUCUUGCAACUGUGACAAAUACUUAAAAGUAUUGUGUUUUAAGAACAAAGUUUUUGUUCAAAGGAGAAUACAAAUUGAUGCUGAAAUUAAUAUUUUUAUUUGGUGUCUGUUGUUGAAGGAUGGCUAGAAACUUUGUUCUUAUCUUGUGCCCUGAGUACUGGUAAUCAAUUCCAGACUCAAUCUGCUUGCAAAGCUGCAGUAUUUUACAUUUACAAAAAACUUUUUCUUCAUCAUAUGGUGCGAGAAUAUAUGUACACCAAGUUUCAGGAUAAAAUGUAAUUGAUAAUAAUAAUUGAACAAGACCAGUCAUAUCUUAUCUUCACUUACAGGUGGUAAGAAGACUUAAAUAUCAUCUAAACAAUAUUGCUGUGUCAUCAUAUAUGAAUAUAUAUAUAAAUAUAUCUUAAAUCAAAACUUAAAGGAUCAGUGCAACAAUUAAGUGUCAGAGCAUUUACUUAACCCCUAUCGGUGUCAAGUUUUUAAAAAAUUUUAACCUUACAGUGCCAUUUGUUACAUUUAACUCAGUGACGUGACUAACCUUGUCAAUAGUCAAUUAAUAUAAGAGGCUUAUUAGUAAAAUGAUAGGUAGCCAAAGUGUAUGUUUGUCUCCUUUUUCCGUCUUCAUUAGCUCACUUGGUGCAGAAAAGUACAUUUCAUUUCAUAUGUUUGUUUCUUUACAAGAGAUUGCAUUAAUUGCUGUCGAUGCCUUAAUCUGAAUGUCACAUUACAAUGUACACAGAUAAUUAUGUCAACAUUUGAAAAAUUGAGUUGACUCAAUUCACAGAAUUGUGACAAAUAUUUAUUUAAAUUUUAAUGUUAGGCUGUAGAAAUCAAGUUCAUGUACAACAUAUCUCUUUAUAGUUUUAUUGAAACAAACAUACUAGAAACUGGAAGAUGACAGCAAUCAUGCCUGGCACUCUUGAUGUUGUGUUAAAACAUUCAUGGCACUGAAAUGGUUAAUAGCAGAAAGAAGUUAGUAGUAAUCAAGUACCAACAGUACUAUUUACAUAUCAACAGUGUGAGAUUAAGCAAUGAUCAAUGGCAGUGUUUUCAUUUUGAAAAAGUGUCAGUGUUCAAAUCUCACAAUGAUGAACUUAAAUGUAGACCUAAAGCGGGGCUUAUGUAUACUUUACAGCAACUGGCUUCAACUGAAUGCAACUGAAAAAGAUCGACCUGAGCACCUCUUACAACUCGAAGCAACAAUUUCAGUCAGUUGAAGCCAGUUGCCCAUGUUUAACUUUUGGCAACUCGCUUCAACUAGCGGCAACUAGUCGACAUGAGCACUCUUACAAAACUUUGGUUAGGUGGAAAUAACAUUAUGUAAUACAUUAUGUAAUAUAUAUGAGAGAGAGAGAGAGAGAGAGAGAGAGAGAGAGAGAGAGAGAGGAGAACCUCGAGAAAACCUUACUCCUUGUCAUGUACAAGCAGGGAAUCGAAAUCACGGCACUUGACUCAAUGACAGACCUUAUGAUGCAACAUGCAUGCUUAACCAUUCGGCCACCUCAUGUGAUUCAUGUGACUUUAUAAAUAGGCAAUAUGGAAGCCAACGAAAACAUCCACCUUUCAAAUGUUGAUGAUGUCGACAAUGUUGUAGUAAUAGAAAUGUGGCAAGACGGACCAUGCCUUCUGGUUGUGUCUUCUAAGGUAUUUGCCAUUUUGUUGAUCAGUGAUGAAUAAAUUAAAUGAAUUCAGUUGCCCCCUGUUCUUGAUUUGAUCAAGCACAUUUGCAACUGGUUGAAAGUAGUUGCUCCCAGUUCAAUUACAAAGUUGAUUAAGUUUCAAGUUUUUGCUGAUGUUGUCACUGUAAAAUAUGUUUCAUUAACCAAAAACACAAUUGUAAACACUUAAAAACUGUAUAGACACGAGCCUUUAAUUUGUAAAAUAAUGUUAUUGGGAAUGCCCAUGUAUAAAUUAUUGUCACAGCUAGUAUUGCACACAACAAUAUUCAGCUUAUAUAGAAAAUACUAUUGGUGACAUGAUAUAUUAUUGUGUCAUAUAUAAUGUGCUAAAUAGUGUUUUUGUGUAUAUUCCUCACUUGUUAUUAGACAUAUUUUAUUCACAUCAUUCAAAUAUAACAGACAUCCAUUUGAUAAAGUCUAUAAAGCCUUGAUUAUUCUCAACUCGUACAAAUAGUAAUCUGUUACAUUUGAAACUAACUUUCACCAUUUUAAUUUAAUCAUGUGAUAGCACCAUAAUCUAGUUGAGUUGCUGGUUGCGCAUGAUUUUAAGAAUCACAUUGAAUUGUUAGGUGACAUAUGCCCGCCUUUAGUGUACAUGUAUAUCAAAAUUAUUUAUUUUAAGUUUAAUGCACACAGAACUAUUCGUCGGUAGGCAGACGAAGUGACUUAUCUUCAUACCAUACCUAUUGACGAUAAGUCACUUCGUCUGCCUACCGACGUAUUGGCAAGACAAAUACACAUGAAAUGGAUACUUAGAGAUGAAAAUAACUGUUUUUGUAUUGAAUGUGUAUAUUACUGUAUAUUGAUUUAAAUAUUCCCUUAUAUUGAUAUUUUAAAAUAAUCUUGGCAUAAAAUGUUUAAAUACACAGUUUUAACAGCUUAUGUUGCUGACAUGCUACAUUUAUCAAUUUUAUUUGUAAUAUGUAUAAAUUUUAUCUAAAAGUUGUAAGUAUUGUGGACAGGUGACCCAAAGCUUGCCAUAUAUUUAUUAGGUUAAUUUUUUCCAUAUCUCAUUGCUACAACAUGUACAUGUAUAGCACUAUAUUAGAAUCCUAAGAAAUAUAUCAGACCCAUAUAAUUCUAAGAAAUAUACCAGACCCUUAGAGUUCCAUCAGAACCAUCAUCAUUUGUGCUUGAUAACGAUAAGAGAAUACUUGUCGAAACGUCGUGCUAUACUUAUAAACCAGUGAUUGUAUUUCCAUAUAAACUGUGUUGUGUUUUUAAUGUGUUCAAUCGCUAAAUGCCACUCAAGGAUUAUAUUUAUAUUUAUUUUGAGAAGACAUUUUGUAUCAUUUUGAUCACAACUGAAAAAUUCUGAGCAAACGAUUUCUGUUGAAGCCAGGAUUAAGAAAAAUCAAAUGUUCUUCCACCAUUCAGCAUUUUUGUGUCAUUUGUUAAUGAUAGUGUUACUGUUUUUGUUCACAGAUAUGAAAGAAUUAGAUUUGUAAGAAUUAGAUGUGUAAGGAUUAUGAAAGUUUUACAUGUGUAUAAUAACUAUGUCUUAUCGUAAGAUGAUUCUGAAUGUAAAAAUGAAGUAAGCUAGGCAACAGUGGCAUAAUCAGCUGUGGUUCAUAACUAGCAUGCAUUUUAAGGCAAACCACGACACUAUUAUUACUAUUAAAAUAUAUUGAAGAAACAAAAACCUUCUGGAAACAAUGACUUGAAAAAUAUAUAUAUAUAUAUAUGUACUUUAGUUGUAUGUAAGUUCUAGUGUAAUUCAGCACUAAUUUUUGACCAAUAUUAAAGAAUGUGUAAAGUCUCAGGGAAAAUAAGGUCUUAGGAUAGAAUUUUCUAUAAUGAUUGACAUCUGAAAUGAAUCUUUUAUUUGAUGUGACCUACCUAUUCAAGCAUGUGAGAAAAGACUAUUUCCCUUAGAAAUGACUUUAAAUAGCAUCUAGCAUCCCAGCCACACCUUCUGUCAGUUAUACAAAAUCAAAUGUCAUGAUUUCAACAAGAUCAGGACAGUAAAUCUCACCACUGCACAACAGAGGUACAGGCAAUACCUGGGUAUGGUAAAGUGAGAACUUCAAAUGGACCCCCCCCCCCCACACACACACACACACACACAAAAACAAAAACAAAACAAAACAAAACAAAACAACCUAGUGGUUUAUUUCUUUUUUUGGGGGGGUGGGGGUGUACAUUAAGUGUGUCAAAUAUAUAUUAUAAAAUCUUCCAACAUUUAGAAUUACUGUUAAUCUCGCAGGGUUUGGUUGUUUUUGAUAUUGUGUAUAUAUUGGAAUUUAUGCUAUAUAUGGUUAACAAUAAUUAGUGUUAAUAAGUUAAUUGUUAUUGUUUUAGUUACAGCAUUCCUGUUGAUAAUUUUGUAAUGUUUCUCAUGUUGAUUACUCAUUAGUUAUAUUUAGCAUAUAUAUAAAUUGUUUCUAGUGUCAUAAAAUAGCUCACCCAUAUAAAAACAUAUUGCAGUGUACAAUAUAUAAGUAUUUUUACAGCUUGUGUGUGUGUAAAUAUCUAUGGACUUCGUUUCCUAAAAAUCUUGCAUUUACUCACAUGAUGGGACUCAUCCAUUAUUAAUUUUUUUUUUUUAUCAGAAGUUUACGAAUCAAAAUUGAAAAUAUUGAUAUUUUCUAGACUCGUUAUAUUUUCCAAUGACAUUUAAGAAGUAUCAGAUUUUUCUGUGUAACAGACCCUAAUUUCCUUGGUAUUUCUAAUUGAUAAGUUGCUAUGGAAAUGCGGCAAUGGACCGAGAACUUACAGGAAGUAUUUAAAGAUAAUAAAAGACUGUAGAGCACUUUAUAAUAACAAGUGUGGAUGCGAAAUAACAGGUUGUAAUUCUAUCAGCUGGUUGCUGCCAAAUUGCAGACAUACAGCGCAUUAUAGCUGUUGAUCUCUCCAUGAAAAUAAGAGAGGAUAUUGAAAACAAAGUCACUUAAUGGUAUAAAGUGGGCUUUGGGGGGGGGGGGUCAAACCUCAUUGAUCCAGCUUAAAAAAUACCAUUGAUAUCUAUUUUUUAAAUUAAUUUGCAAUCUAAAAAACAAUUUUCUUGGUGACAAUACUGGUAAUAGUUUUGUCAGUAUAGAACUUCCUUGGGGAUGGUGCCAGUUUCUCCUACAUUUUUUUUUUUUUUUUGAAAUGGGAAUUGAAAAAGUAAUAUUUUCCUCAAUACAUUAGGCCUACCUGUGGCUCCUCAUUCUAUAAAAGAAUUGAUAUUUACUCUAUUUGAAAUUUGUGUUAGUUUCAUCUUGCUUCAUUUUAGAAUGGGUAUGAAAAUGUCAAAAUAUUUUCCUGGAUGCAGUGUAUAUCAUUUCAGUAGAGAUUUCUGUUUAUUUUACAAUACCCAAUGUAAUGUAAACUUGAAUAAAAAAUAAAAAUGUUUUCAACAAUAUUUGUGUGAUGUAAACUUUCCCUUAGUUAGGGCAUGUAAAUAUAUUGCAGAAAUGAUGCUAUUUAGCUUUUGUUUUUAUAUUUCUAAUUGUAAACUGUUAAUCACAAACCAAAUGUACUUUCUGAUAAUUAUACUGUUUGUUAAAUGUUUCAUUAUAAAAUCAGAAAUAGAAAUAAAUAUUAUAUAAAAAUAAA